GUUGAAACUCAUUCCAGAAGUUAAUCUCUGUUUGCGAGUCCACAAGGUAUAUCUCUAUACACUGAAGCCACUAGAUCGGAAGUUACUUAGAGAAGGCGGAAGAACGAAGGAGAUGAUGAGAGUAAGAGGGGCGAAUAAGAAGUAGCUCGUACGAAGGGAGUAAUACGAUCCGUUGCUUAGUGUUUCUCACGUGCACAAAGCCCCAUCAAACAAGAUGACAACACUAGAGAAUACAGAAAACGCUGAAUAUGCCACCUCACCUAUCCGUGGGCCUGGUGAUGGCAUGGAAAUGGAGCAGCCACCCAAAUCUGUUGAAGUAAUCCAGACCUCUGCCAGUCACACCCAUCGAAGCCCACACAAGAAAGCUCUUCCUUCAUUAAGCCCUGGGGUUCUUCAACUUGGAAAGAUAUGCGGAGAUAAGGCUGUGGCAAUCGAAGCUGUACGAAUACUGGUUCCCAAAGACGCUAUAAAGCAUGUCAUUCCUACAAAAAAUGCAAAGGCAUCCAAGUCUGUAGGACACCAAAGAGAGAGCCUCACUCUGUCAGAUGGAACUUCAGAUACUAAAAAAGAGCUAUCAGAGCUAAAAAGUGAAAUAGCAACGCUCAAGAACUCAGAAAGAAGAUUGCUACAGGAUAAGGAAGGCCUUUCCAAUCAGCUCCAUGUACAAACAGAGGUCAAUCGGGAGUUGAAGAAGUUACUUGUUGCUUCUGUUGGGGAUGACUUGCAGUAUCACUUUGAACGCAUGGCACGUGAAAAAAAUCAACUGAUCCUUGAAAAUGAGGCCCUAGGGCGGAAUGUGUCCCAGCUGUCUGAACAGUUAGAGCGGAUGUCUAUACAAUGUGAUGUUUGGCGGAGCAAAUUCCUAGCAAGCAGAGUAAUGAAUGAUGAGUUGACUAACUCCAGAGCAGUUCUCCAGCGUCAAACUAGAGAUGCACAAAGUGCAAUUCAGGAUCUGUUAAACGAACGUGACCAGUUUCGCCAAGAAAUGAUGUCUACACAGAAGUUGCUGGAGGAGCUGCUGGUUUCUCUGCAAUGGGGAAGGCAGCAAACUUACUAUCCUAGUGCACAGCCUCACAGUAUAGCAGAUCUAGCUACUGUAAAUCAUAAACUAGCCAAAGCAGUGACCUCACACCUUCUUGGAAAUAUGGAUAGCACAAACAGUCCAAAAAAUGUCUCUUCGACAGAACGCUGCAACACUCCUGCUGAGAAAAUGGCUGAAAUGGUAUUGAGAAUGCUGGAUCCUGGGACUUGUACAGAAGCAUCUCCAGAACUUCCUUUUUCUGAGUCUUCAUCGUCCUCUUUCCUUUCCCCAAGGAAGAAUAUUGGACGGUUUCAUCCAUACACUAGAUAUGAAAACAUAACUUUCAACUGCUGCAAUCACUGCCAGGGAGAAUUGAUAGCUCUUUAAAAAAAUGUUUCUCUGCCUAACAGUCAGAAUUAUCUUUGAAUAUGCUAACUCUCUCAGUGAUCAGUAUUCACUUUCUAUGAGUUUUUCAGGUAGGAUGAGCUUAUACUAAAAAUAUACUGGUCAUACAGCUUUCAGACCUCUUAGAGUUCUUCUAACAAAGUCUGGUUUUUAAUCAGGCUGGGAUCAUAAUGCAAUAAUUAAAAUUAGAACAAGUUGCUCUCCAAGGCAAAUAAGAAAAUGUUAGAACAAUAUAUAGUGUGCAUAGGCUUUUAAAUACACACAAACUGGAUUUUUCUUCAAGAGAAAGACUGAAGGGGAGUAUUAUAGAAACCUCACGAGGAUAAGACAUUUGGAUCUUACUUCUGUGAAGAAGUUCAGAUAUCUUGUUUAAAGUAUUUAAUUUAGAAUGACAGUGAGUCUAGAACUUCAGUAUUUUUAGAAUCCGUUUCUAGUGCUGUUUUAGUGGUUGUUACAUGGCGGGUGCAAAAGUGAGGAGAGCUCAGAAUUCUUACGAUGAUAGAAAAUGUUCCUGAAUGGUUUUAGGUAUUGACUGAGGCUAAAUGAAUUCUGCAGUGCUUACGUGUCUUAUAGUGCACACAAAAUUGAAGCCAAAGAGUAGCAACCAACUUCUAGGUCAAAGUAUUACAGAGGUGAUUCUCAGUGCAUUUUGUAUCUCUACUUAAUUAGCUUUUACAGCCCAUGAAUAAGUGUUCUUGGUGGACCUUAUAUAUGGACAUCUUUCACUGGUGCUAUUAAAUGUGACAGAGCUGCUCUUCUACCUGUACCUAGGGAACUAAGACUUGUGGAUUCCUUUCUUUCUCAACUUUCUAUUUGGAAAUAGGUAAAAAGAGCCUACUGCUAGAUACACAGGAAAAUCUUUUCCUUUCAUUUCUGGGACAACCAUAUUUUGAACAUUUUAGUAUCACACUGAAAUACUAAGUAGAUGUAUCUACUCUGUAUGCAUGCAACAACCUAUGUAUGUUUAAUGGAAUAUAUGGACUGAGACAUGCUACAGUUUAGGCCUACUCUGCUCUGUUACAAUUUUACAACAAAUGUUAGCUGUAUAUUCAAGCAGAUGUAUUUUGUACCUCUUCCAAAGAUGGCAUAUUUGAACAACCUUUGCUAAGCAACUCAAGAGUUAGAAAUAAUAAUGCAUGAUGAAGUGUUUCGUUCUUGCAAUAGUAAACUAAUGUUUAUCUAAAAAUGUCUACUGUAUGGGCGAGAACAAAUAAAAUAAGGAAUAAUGUCAAACAA